UUAGCGCCCUCUAUCUUUGCUGCAUAACAUGCGCGCCGCGGAAACUUCAAGUUUGCAAAACGACAAGAUGAACUAGGCCCCCUAUCUUGAGUUUGGGCAUUCAUCCUCCUCCUCUCACUGUUUGCUGUUGUAUCCGAAUAUUUGAACACUUCUUGACAAGAAGAAAUGGCUUUAAUAGAUCAGAAAAAACGCAAGGAGAAACAGUGGGAGGAAAGACUGAAGAAAUUACAAGCUGUAGAGGCGUGGUACCAGACCUAUCCCAUCAUACCUGCAUACAGACCAUGUCUGAUAGAUCCAUCACCGUUCUGGCACACAGUGUAUCGACAGAAACAUGCAUUUGAUGUUGCAGCUGCACACCCAGAGGAUGUCCAUGUCUUUGCCUUCGAAGCUGACAAUAUCAAACCUGAUACUGCGUCUAAGGGACAACGCAAGUAUGUCAUCACAACUUACUUGCAGCUGUGGCACACUAUAUACCACCUGGCAGCCCAUGGAAAAUAUCCUACGUUUUAUGAAGUGAUCCCUGAGGGCUCGGCAUGCAAACUCUACUUUGAUCUAGAAUUCAGUCGAUCCCUGAACCCAGAAUGCAAUGGGGCAGCAAUGGUGCAGACAUUGAUCAAGUUUGUGUGUGCUGAGCUGAUGGAUGUAUAUCAGAAGCAGUGUGGUGUUCACCACGUGAUCAAUCUGGAUGCUACAACAGACAACAAGUUCAGUAGACAUCUUAUCUUCAACUUACCACAGACGGUUUUCAAAGACAAUGUUCAAGCUGGUAAUUUUGUACAGCAUGUUUGUCAGAAGAUCACAAGGAUUUCCCAAACUACAGAGAGUGAUGGAGAGCCUGAGGCAAAGAGACAAAAGCAUGAAGACAAGACUGAGGGCAACAGGGUACCAGACUCACAAAGGCAGCAUGAAGUCUCACUCUACCAAAACCUCUUUGUUCAGAAUAAAGAUGGCCAGUCUAGUUUGUUUGUUGAUCAAGGAGUGUACACCCGAAACAGGAAUUUCCGUCUCUACAAGUGCAUCAAGUUUGGGAAGGCUAACCCCUUGCUGAUAGCUGAGGAUAAUAAGUACAAGCCUCGGAUCACCAGCAAGUCGGGUACCAGUCAGGCAGCUAGAGAUUCAGCCAUGGAACGACACUUCUUCCUGGAUUCACUUAUAACUAAUGUCAGUUAUUGCCCAGGUACACAUGUCUUGACAAUGGAACGUAAUGAGGGAAGCACUCCGAAGGGCAGCCGUCCAAGUAAUAAUAAAACCACUCUAGCUCAAGAAGAUCCUAGUGAUUUGUUGGAGGGAUUCAACCACUCUCCAUACCCAGACCUAGAUGCCUUCAUCUACACAGUGAUCACUAACGGAGGUAUCCAAGGAGAGAUUCGACGCUGGGUCUACUUCACUCAAGGACAACUACUUGUCUAUGAUAUCAUCAAGAAUCGAUGGUGUGGCAACAUCCAACGUCAGCAUAAGAGCAACAACAUUAUGAUACUUGUUGAUCUUCGUCGUGGUGUUUACUACCAGAAAUGUCACGACCAGGACUGCAAAUCAGCUGGCUACAAGUCACCAGACACACCUCUCCCUACAGAGCUCUUGCCAACCCUGGGUGAUGAUCUAGAUGAUGAUGAGCUUCUAGCAGCUGUCACCGCUGUGGAAGGCAGGGAAUCUGCUCCACAUGACAUGACAGGCUUGGACAAUACUGUGACUGAGCUUAGUGAUGAGGAGUUGCUUGCAGCAACACUCCAAGUUGAAGGCAACAUGAGCUCUAGGACUGACCAAUGUGACGAUAAUAAUGAGAGAGUGGUUACAUCAUCAGAUGGUAUUGGCAACGAUAGGGGUAACUGUGGCGAUGUUACAGAGAGCGAUGAGGAACUGCUGGCAGCUAUGGCUGAUGCAGAACACUCGGACAUGUAAUCCCACCCCUGACACCACUAAUGCAAGGAUGCGUGCAUAUUUUUAAGGUGAUAGGCCAGAGCGACAAAUGGGGGAUGGAAGAUGUUAUGGCAUUCAGCUCACACCGAAAAAGGAAUCAGAACUUUCAGUGUCAUCCUUUUUCACCUUAUGGGCUCCGUGCGCCAACAAAAGAGGGCGCGUUUUUACACGCGUGUGUACUGUACUGGUUCGUGGGCGAAUACGCACGACUUAUUUAUCCUGAAUGUGCACAAAGCUAGGCCAUGGCGUCCUCGGGUGUGGGCGUCAUCGGUGUGUGAACAUGUUCGAAUUUAACCUGCGAUGGUCUCCCAGACUAAUCCCUGCCCCCCAAUAACUUUGGAUCAUUCAAAAUAUGCAGUGGAUGGACUGAGAACCAGUCUAGGUCUCCCCAACUCUCCUUUUCUGGCUGUUGAAGGGGUACUUGUGCACAGAGCCCAUAGUAAACCUUGUAAGUUAUUCCUCAAAACAACUGAAGUAAUGAACUGCAUGAUCACAUGAUUUAUACUUUAAUUAUUGGGUUUUUAAUUGGAUAAACAAUUUUAAUAAAACUGAAAAUUUUUAUUUUUUUGAUUGGCCAUUUGAUGCAUGUACAUGUUUAUAUAAAGUUUUAACAUUCAAGAGUAUUCAGGUUUUUGUAUUAAUAUUGACGCUUGCGACAAAAGUAUUUAAUCUAAAACAAGACAAAGUGUUCCAGAAGUUUAAGAAAAUUGAUGACAAUUGUCAGCCUGGUUUUAGAAUAAAAGGUCCCAAUUAUCCAAGCAACUUAAAA